UGGAGAAGCCUAGAACAUCCGGUACAACUUGACGUCAUUAGGUGAGGUGACAGGGUGUGUUCUGUUGGCCAGCAAACUGAACCAGCGACCAUGGCGAUGAAAUCAAAAAUCGGAGCAAGCGGUGUGGAGGCGAUUUGGAGAGGACUGGGCGCUGCUGCUGGUGCGAGCUGCUCUGCGGCUGGCUACAUAGCCUCUGAUUGACACAGUUGAGGGGUGGGGACGCAGGGUGGGGUCAGAACCAGGGAGAGGCGGAGGAGAGACGGAGAGAUCGAGCCCAACCCUGAACACGGCUACAACACACCGAGAGAGGCUGGGGGAGCGAAAGAGAAUUUUCGACGCUGGAGAUAUGCGUUAAAUGACUAGUCGAGGGAACAGUUAACGUUUCAUGUUUAAAAUUAAUCCUAAAGGUAGAAAACUGCAAGCAGGAAUACUAUUAUUCAAAUACACCCCGCCCGGCCGACCCCCCUACUCCACCCCUUCAGCCCUUCGCCCGCUUAGCUACCGAGAUGCACACGGAGACUCGUAACACGAAAUGCCAGUCGAGUCCCAAGAAGUCCAGCAGCGCUGCCAGUUCCGAGUCUGAGUCGGCCUCCACAGACGAGAUGCCCUCCAUCCAGAUCAAACCAGAGCCCGAGGAGCUGGAGUGCUCGCCAGCUGAGGGAGCGGAAGACUCCUCUCUGGUGCUCGACCUCAAGUGCAAAGCCUCUCCGCCUCCCCUCUGCUCCAUCGACACGCACCCCUCCUCCCCUUCCUCCGCCACGCGGGCCCAGCAGCAUCACCACGACGACCACGACGACGACGACGACAACAACAACACGCAUCACCGCGGCAGCAGUAACCACGACGACCACCACCACCACGACGUCCCGCAGACGGAGCCCGUGGACCUGUCGCUCAACAAGCCCCGGCCGUCGCUGGCCAAGCCCACCUCCACCAUCCUGUCGUCCAGCCUGGUGCCGCACGGCAGCAGCUUCGCGGUCACCACCACCGCCACGGCCAUCCCGGCCACGGUGCUGUCGUCGGGCUCCAUCCUGGCGUCGGCGUCGGGCAUGAUGGGCGGCCAGCAGAUCCUGCACGUCAUCCACACCAUCCCGUCCGUCAACGUGCCCAGCAGCAUGGCCAUGGGCCAGCUGCAGACCAUCCCCGUGGUGGUGCAGUCGCUGCCCGUCGUCUACACCGCCGUGCCCGCCGCCGCCGCCGCCUCCGCCUCGGCCGCCUCCGCCUCCGUGGGGGACGCCGGCGGCAGAAACAACGGCGUGAGCGCGGCCGCCACUGCCGCCAUCACCGUCCCGCUGAUCGGCAGCGACGGACGCUCCGAAGGCUCGGUGCGCAUCAAGCCCGGCUCAACCUCUCCGGUGGAAUUCCAGAGUGACAGCGACGCCGAGAGCGGGACGGAGUCUGGAUCGGCGUCCUUCGGCACACAGGGACUGGACACGAGCUCGGGCGUGGACAUAGACCUACCUGUAGAUCCCGACUCACCUGAUAUGAAGAGGAGGCGAGUGCACAUGUGUGACUAUGAUGGCUGCAACAAAGUCUACACCAAGAGCUCCCACCUCAAAGCCCACCGGCGGAUACACACAGGAGAGAAACCCUAUCAGUGCACUUGGGAGGGCUGCACCUGGAGGUUCGCUCGCUCAGACGAGCUCACGCGGCACUUCCGCAAGCACACGGGCAUCAAGCCCUUCCGCUGCACCGACUGCGACCGCUCCUUCUCCCGCUCGGACCACCUGGCUCUGCACCGGCGGCGCCACGUCAUGAUGUGAAGAACUGCCGUUGCCCACGUCAACCUUCCUCCUCCUCCUCCUCCUCCUCCUCCCCAACACCCCCCUGAUAAACGAUCGACCCCCGACCCCGACCCCGACCCCGACCCCUCAUUGCCUCUCAUCCGUGGCAAAAAAAAAACUGUGACAUCCCUUCUGAGACUUUGCUAAGCUCCUCUCUCUGCCUGGUCUAUGGUGCGGUGGAUGCUUGUUUGUGGCAGAAGUGGGAUGGAUAUCCAUGUCCAGCAGCCUUCCCCCCCCCCCCAAGGCUGAGGUAUAUGGAGUGUUGUGCAUGAGGGGUGGGCAGCCCAUUCUCAGCAUAAGCCUCUGUGUCUGUCAGUACCCUCCUCUCCCACCUCAAACCAGCCGCCUCUGUCCACCGCCAUGGCCAGGUCAGGACAGUUACUGACGAGCGGAAAACCAGGGGGCCUUGCUCACUCCUCGGUCUGAAGUGGAGGAGGAGGAGAAAAAGAACGACGACCGCUGAAACAGGGAAAUCAUCUUUAGUAAACCGCAAAAAAAACAGAACAAGACAAGAGCGACGUUGCGUUGAAAGGGGAUGAGAUGUGUGAUGGUUUCUACCUUUCGGCUCAAGAGGGUUGCUUUACGUAGCGUCAGUGUGAAGACGUGGAGACAUGUCCUCAGCUGUCUUGUUCCCGUUGACGUUCCCGUUUAGGUUUUUUUUUUGUUUCUCCUUUCUGAAACGCGUGCUUGUCGUGCAGUAUGUGCAUGGCAAGCCUCUCUCUGUGGUGCGUGUGUGUGUGUGCGUGUGCCUAGCAGUUUUACAUUUCAGAGAGAAAUAUAAUUUAAAGACAGUGGAAGAUGCUUCAAGCCCUUUUUUUUGUUUUCAACCUCCUCAGAACAAAUUUCAGAGGGGAGAACGUGUUUUUAUGUAGUCUUAUCUAACCACCUAUCCCCAUCCCUUAAAAAAACAGAAAAAAAUCAGGAGAGGGCAAGGCAGAUACUCUUAAGACUGUGAAUUUUUCCUAUUUCCCAUUGUUGUAUCAAUCAAAAUUAUUUAUCCUCUGCAAUAUUUUAACUAAUUCAGUAACAGUAUUUGUGUUGUUCUUUUACGAGAAAAAAAGCCUUUAAAAUUUUCUUCUUGCCAAAAUUGGCCAUGAAUAACAAAUGCAUUCUUUAACGAAUGUCAAUUUUGUUUAUUUCCGCUCUUUUGUUCUGUGAAUUUGUGGAUUGCGUUUCUGGAUGCCGUGAAUAUGGAGGCAUGCCAGUCAUUGUGUGUGUGUGCGUGUGUGUGUGUGUGUGUGUGUGUGUGUGUGUGUGUUUCUUGUAAAGAAGACAUAAUCAGAGAUUUUAAGUGUAGUGUGUGUUUAUGGCACAUGUUGUGACUUCUCGCCCGUCGGAGCCUUAAAUGAAGUUUAAAAAAAAAAAAAAAAAAGCGCAGAUCUGAUUUGUGCGUCUGGUUUUCAGGGUUCUGGAAAGACUCCAGGGAGAGCGAAGGCGCCCUGAACGCCCCCAACCCCCCCCCCCCCCCCCACCUCUCGCGUUUGCACCUCGUCCAACACUUUUCAUGUCUUAAACGCUCACGUUUCAGCCCCAUCCCUGGGUUCACUUGAUUAUGCAAAAAAAAAACAAAAAAAAAUCAACAACACAAAACACAUGUGCUCUGGACACUGUUUCAAGCAUUUAUGGUGUCGGGGGUUCACUCGCGCACGUGUGUGUCUUAGCCACCCGCUGUGAGAAAAAGAAAAAAAAACCUGUCUUGAGGGGCACCUGAGGCCCUUCUUUUCAAGCUAGCUGGCAUAGCCAUCGUCCUCAAUUCAAGUGCUAGUGAGAGGUGGGAAUCAGUUGGAGAGCGGCAAGCCUCUCGUAAUAAAAAUGCUUUAUGGAAAGAAACAAUGUUUUCUCCCCAAGUCCAGCCUUUGCAAUUUGAGCGCAUGCCUAACGUCAGUGGUGGUGGCGGCAUGGUCUUUUUUGGUCAAGAAAGCAAUGCAAUCUUCAGAUUUUUCUAUCAUCCUCCGAUUCAACUAUUAAAAAUGUUACUAAGCACAUCUUUGUAGAAGAGUUAUAUGCAUUUGAUUGCAAUUCUUUCUUUUGUAAACUUCAUAGACCUACGGACAAUGAUUAAUGAAAAAUAAAAUAUGUACAUACUGUAUAUAAUCAGAAGUUCAGAAUAAAUGUAACGGGUGGAUUUCUAUUUUUAACACUGACUAGACAAUGUGAAAUAUUCGUUGUUUGUUUGUUUGUUUGUUUUGCUCUAUUGGUUCUAUGAAACAUGUCCUUUACAAACAAAAACAAAAAUCAUUCAUUUUUUUUCUGAGUUAUUGUUAAUCUUAUUCUGGUUCUCAGACCAUCCCCCACUUGUGGUGUUCUUUUGUAUUGCAUGGAGAGUAGCCUUUUUGUUUUGGUCGUGAUGUCGGUCAGCAGCAUGCUUGUGUGGAUGGUUUUCCGUGCAGACGUGGCCUGCAAAGCAUUGGUUAUCCUGAAACAAACGUCCAAACGUGCAGUAGAGCUGUGGUCAGUCAGGGACGGCGCUCCCACCAGGUGUCUAACCCCCGCUAGGCCUACAGCACCCCAUGAACUCUGUUGAGUGACGGCUUGGGUGUGAUAGCAAAAACCAUCUGUGGAGCGUGUAUUGCCUUUUUUCCAUUUUUUAUUCUCCUCAACUCCUGUUGCUUGCCCACGAUAGAGAAGUGAAGUAAAAACGUGAUUCAAGGCCCUGUGAACGUGGCAAACUGUCAUGUUUCACCGUGAGAGCGGGUCCCCUAGUCCCACGAAGGGAUAAACACAGUAAAGUAAUAUCUAAUCACCUCCAGGUUUCCUUUUUUUGAGCUGAGACUGACCACUUAAAAACAAUACAUUUGCAUAAUGUACGGAUCUUAGAAUUAAUUGGUUUAAAACGUGUGUGUGUGUGUGUGUGUGUGUGGUGUUUGUGUGCAUGAUUAUUAUUAUAUUUUUUUGGUCUACGUGUGUGUACGCUUGUGUGCACACAUUGUGUGCGGUUGUAGUGUGUGUGUGUGUGUGUGUGUGUGUGAGAGAGAGAGAGUGUGUGUGUGUGUGUGUGUGUGUGCCAGCGGAUGUGUGAAGGUGUGUGAGUGUGCUUCCUAUCACAAAUCAAAUCUUCUUUAAUAAAGGUAAAUCAGAAAUCAUAGGUAUUUUAUAUUGAAUGCAGUAACUUAUGGGCCAGUACUAUAUUAUACAGUGCAAUGCAGUUAUCGUUAUAAUAAUACAAGUAAUUAAUGUUCAUUCUUUUGUAUUUGUACAGAACAAAUGUGUAAAGAUCAGUGAGGAAAACGCGCACUUUUUGAUACUGUGAGAAAUGGUGUUAAAAGUCAGUUUCCCCUGUACAGUUGUGAUUAUCCACUUCUUUUAUAGAAUAAAAUGUUUUUGGUGCA